GUUCGCAGCCGGGCGGGCAGCGCCUGGGCCAGGUCAGGUCGCUCCGCCGACCUUCAGCAGCGGUGGGGGUACAAUCCGGACCAGCCAUGGUGGUCCUGAAGGGCGGAGAGAAUGGAGGUGUAAGGCCCCCCCAAGAGGAGCAGCCACGAGCCCCCCUGGAUCAGCCCUUUGGAAGGAUCGAAGACUGCCUGCCACCUCUGGCAAACUCUUCCACCAAACGGUUCUCCCCAGCCAAAAGGAAACACUACUACAUCAACCAAGCCAUCCGCAACUCGGACCUCAUCCCCAAGGCCAAAGGGCGGAAGAGCCUGCAGCGCCUGGAAAACACACGUUACCUAAUGACCUUACUUGAGCGGGACGAAUGCACCACGGAAGAAGGAGAGCUUGCCCACCCCGCCACGCCUAGCAUCUUCACCCAGGCCUGCAGCAAUGAGACUUACGUGAAAAUUUGGAAUGACUUCAUGAACCGGUCCGGUGAGGAACAGGAGCGAGUCCUUUUGUAUUUGGAGGAAGAGGCUAGAAAGAAGCAGAAAAGCAAGCUGAGCGACAAAGCUGAGGUCAAGUGGAAAGAGCACCCCGCGUACUCGCCCAAAGAGUGUUUCCAGCGCAUCAGCAGGCGCUUGCGAACGACGCUCAAGCGAAGCCGGAUCCCCAUGGGGACCCUGGAAGGUUUGGAGGAGGAGUUACUGGCCUUUUUCUCCGCUAACCCUCACGCCGUCUACACGGCAAUGAUGGACAAUAGCUUUGAACGGCUGCUCCUUCAUGCCCUCUGCCAGUACAUGGACCUCGCCUCUGCCAGUUCCGACUACGAAGGCAAACGCCAAAUGAAGGUCAGCAACAAACACACCAACUUUUUGCCGCCUGACCCUCUGCUUUCAACUUACCUGGAGCAAAUGAGCUGAUGUAUUGGAAGCCCUGGCCGCCUGGAUCCUCUUUCGACAUCCAUGUUUCCAUUGGCGUUUUAGCGUUUAAAAACAAAUGAAUAAAUCGUGUAUUGUGGGGAGUAGGGUUAGCAUGCUUUUGGGGCGGGGGGGGGGGUUUCUUCCCAGCCCCCCCCAAAAAACACUGAUUUAGCAAUCUGUUGCAAGCCAGAGACUGCUAUUGACUUGAAGAGGACCGGAGCAAUUUGUGGAUCUCCUAAAAAAUGUUGCACAUGGUUGCCUAGCAACUGUCUCCCAUCUUUCUUCUGCUGGAAGCUGCGGAGGAGAGGACCAGGACCUAAAGGCAGUUGCUAAGCAACCAUCUGCUUCUUGUAGUUUCCCCUCCAUUGCAGUAGGCCUCAACUGGAAGAGCUGCGCUUGCAAUGUUUUAUUUGAUUUAAUUGGUUAGUUUAAUUGAUUUUAAAAGACUUUCAGUUUAAAGACAUGCCCCUGGUUUAGUCAGGAAGCAGUUCUUUAAAAAUGAAUUGUUUUUAAUAGCUUUUUUAAAAAAAUAAAUCCAUGGCUGAUAUAGUCGCCAUCUUAGAAGAGGUUUUCCUGCUCCUUCAGAGGGAAUGCUUCUUUUAAAAUGGAGCUUGCUCCCUUGGGUAUGGGUGUGCUCUUAAAGACAAAGAGGGAUGCUUUGAUUCCCCUCCAGAAUUAGUUAUCCAUAUUCAAAUUUAUGCAGAUUUAUGGAUUCCUAUUCAUGUUUACACAAAAGCGAGUCCCGUCUGGGUUUCACCCCCGAAUUGUAUGCACUCUCUUUAUAAAUUAAAUUUUAAAGAAAAUUCUCAGGUGAUCAAUUGAAUGCUGUGUUUUAAUCAGGCACCAACACUAUAAAAAAAUUUUUGGAGGGAGGGGAUGUUUUCUGGGUCCCAGGAUCAAUUGAGUUCCUUUAACCUGAAAUAUGUAAGCUUGGACCUCAUUUAACUGUAAGGGUCUUCAGCGUUUAUAUCGCCGCCUUUUCAUUCAAGAGGGUGCAAUGGUGAGAGAGCAUUGCUUUCUCAGAUCAAUUUGACAUAGUAGCUGCCCUGUUUAUUUCACGUUUGAUGAGAAAGCCUAAAAACAUGUUCUUUUCAUAAGAUUUUUUGUGUGCAAACGUUGAGGAACGAAAGCACCCACCCACACACAUGCACACACCAUGAGCCCUGUCCUAUCUGUCCCUUGCACAAGCAGCCAACACCCCCUUGAUUUUCAAGAGCAUCUAUUUAUAUGUCAGCUGGUUUUAAAAAUAAGCUGGUGUCAUUCCUUGGCUUUAAAGGAGAAGGGCAAAAAGAGGACCUUAAUGGCUGGUUUUAGCUUUCGGUUGGGUUAAUUGAGCAUCCACCCACAAAAUGUGGAUGCCUUAAAUUCUAAACAGAUUCCUGGACAGUGGAGGCAUGUGUGUGUGUAUGCUUUGCUGCAACUGGGCAGGUCUAGUGAAUCAUGCAAGGAGAGCGUAAUGAAAAUCGUUCUCUGUCUUUAGAGGAAGACUGCCAUGGAACAUGAAAGCUCUCUUUUUUAGUUGCAAUAGCUCAUGGCACCAAGAGACUUUGUCUGUCUCACCCUUCAUUUUUAUCAACACACUCAGAGGUGCGCUGUUUUGGUGCCAUGUCCCACUUUGGUGCCUCUGUGUCGGAAAAGCCUUCCACACUUUUAAUCCACAUUACUUCACUGUGAGACGCUUGGUUUUUGGAAUUAUGUCUUGCACGACUGUUGUGAGUCCACAAUCUGGAAUGUUCCUGGCAAAGACUAUAGCACUGAUCCAUCUGCCACCAAACUGCCUCAUUUUCGUAAACGUCAAAUGACAAUUUCAGAGUUCCUUUUAUUCCCCCUUGGCAGAAGCCAACACAUUUUGUAAAAUGUAAGAUAGGGUAUCUUAUAUAAUAUAUAUGUGUCUGUACGUAUGUAUAUGCCAAUAAGCUUCAAGGAGAAUUGAUAUGGGUAUAUCUUCACCGCCCCAAAGUGCUGUGUGCUGAUAAGAUGGCUCUGACAAAAGCUUGUCCUCUGUACGUUGGCCUGUUUUUGACAGGAUGGAUAUCUCUUGUAUCUUGUUUUUAAAUUUGCUCUCAUAUAUAUCAAUCAUUUUGCAAAGUUUUGCUCCUCCUCACAUCUGGGUUCUCUUGCAUGCUAAAAAAAAGUGGUGAACCAAAGUUGUGUGUUUUUGUUUUUCACUCAGGCUGCCAAGCUAGCAGUGUCUACUUGAGAAUAUUCUGCUUAUUGUGAGUUGUGGGUUUAAUGAAGUAUUGUGAUUCAGAGACUGUUUUGAAAAGAUGUUUUACAUUUUUUUUUGUAGAUAUGGAUCUUCUGUACCCUUUCCUUUAUUUGGUGGAAACCCUUGAGUGAGAGAUGGUGGGAGCAGUGGGAUUUUACCAGGCAGCCGCUUUCUUUAAAUAAACUGGCUCUACUUGUAAGUAAGCAAGUGGUGAAACUUUUCCUGAAUAUAGGAAAAGCUGCAGGGAUAGGGUUGCAUAUUUGAAAGCUCCUCUAUGGGAGAAACCUCUGCAUGUAGAAAUCUAGCCUGUAAAGGAGAUAGUUUCUACGUAGCUUAUUGUUUGGUGUGCUAGUUUUCUGUGUGCAAGAAGAAUGGCAAGGCGGGGAGCGUUCAAACAUCCCCUCAUACAUGCAGUGCAGUGGUACAGUCCAGCCAAAGCUGUACUACUUGCUUCCAGAGAAUGUAUAAACUGCCCCCAAGGUUGGAUUUUGUGACAUCAGCAAACCAUGGUUGCUUUCAUAUGAGCUGUUUCUAUGUAAAUAAAUAUUGGUGCUUUUAA